AUGCAGUACGUGCGCAGUAUCAGUGGCUCCGUCUCAAAGACUUGGAAUUCCAUCAAUCCAGCCACUUUAAGCGGGGCCAUUGAUGUGAUUGUGAUAGAACAAGAAGAUGGGACGCUCGCUUGUUCUCCCUUUCAUGUUCGAUUUGGCAAGUUCUCGUUGCUCCGUCCCUAUGAGAAGAAGGUGGAAUUCAAAGUCAAUGGCGUCAAGCAAAACUAUUCUAUGAAGCUAGGUGAAGGCGGGGAAGCCUUUUUUGUGUUUGAGACGUCAGAUGAAAUCCCCGCUUCGUUACAAACCUCGCCGUUAGUGUCGCCGACUGGUAGUCCGAGAACGCACAGCGAAGAAAAUCUCCCGGGCUCUCUUCAAGAACCCGACUAUCUGGAUCUAGAUCGAUCGUCUUCUAAUGGCGAGCCGAAAGGUCUCCCCAUUCUGUCAAGAAGCAUGCGGGCAUCUAGUGAUUUAGGAACGAUGACACCUUUGUCAGGAUCACCAGGCGACUCUAAUACAAGCAGGUCUCACCAUGACUCGUUUGGAGAUGAUCUAGAACCGGGGAAUCUUGACCGUGCAGUCUCAGAUGAUGUUCUUCUGAGCAAAACUCAUUCAAGCGUGGCAGACCGUGCCUAUGGCUUGUCAGCAGCAGGGCCAACUGACGAUACUGACGAGGCCCGCUCUCACAGCCCUCCCCCACCAUCAUUGGAAGAGGCUGUUUCGCGUGCAACAGCUCUGUCAAAGAAACUCUCUGGAUCGAAUAUUCCCUCGCAUGUGACCGAGACGGGUGAUCUUAUGCUCGACAUGACUGGAUACAAAAGCAACGAGGAGGACGCCUUGCGUGCCGAAGUUGUUGCGCGUAAGAUCCUCGCCGAGGAGCUAGAAGGGUGUUACGACAUUGGUGCUCUCAUAGGAGCCGAUGAACAUGGGAACCUGUGGAUCUAUAGCAGCGAAGAAGCAAAGGAAGCUGCGAACCGUAGGGCUACUUUCAACUCAAUGAGGCCUGGCUCUGCCAUGAGUGAUAAUGCCAUCUCCGAUCCGGGAUAUCACAGCGACGGUGAUAAGGCUAUCCGUGACAUGCCGAUACAGACCCGCCACCAUCGCACCCAAUCUGAUGUGCAGCCGGGUAUACCUACUCCUCCGCAGUCACCAACGCCGGGUGAGACAACUCGCAACUACGCGAAGACUUUGCGCCUGACAAGCGACCAGCUCAAGGCGCUGAACCUAAAGCCAGGCGCGAAUGAGAUGUCAUUCAGCGUCAACAGAGCCACUUGCACGGCAAGUAUGUAUCUGUGGAAUGGAAACACACCGAUUGUCAUAUCAGACAUUGAUGGGACCAUUACCAAAUCCGAUGCUUUGGGCCAUGUGUUGAAUAUGAUUGGUCGUGACUGGACACACGCGGGAGUUGCUAAGCUAUACACCGAUAUCGUCAACAAUGGUUACAAUAUCAUGUACCUUACAAGCCGAUCUGUUGGCCAAGCUGAUACUACCCGUGCAUAUAUAUACGGGGUUAACCAAGAUGGAUACAAGCUGCCCAAAGGUCCCGUUAUCAUGAGCCCGGACCGGACGAUGGCAGCCCUCAGGCGGGAGAUCUAUUUGAGAAAGCCGGAAGUGUUCAAGAUGGCAUGUCUCCGGGACAUUCUGAAUCUCUUCAAUGGAAAGGAGAACCCAUUCUACGCCGGCUUUGGGAAUCGGUUAACCGAUGCUUUGAGUUACCGAUCCGUGAAUAUUCCAUCUACUAGGAUUUUCACAAUCAACUCCAAUGCUGAGGUGUCUUUGGAUCUUCUCAGUCUGACCAAGUAUAAGAGCAGCUACGUUACUAUGCAGGAGCUUUUGGAUCACUUCUUCCCAGCUAUCAGUUUACUAGUCCAGGCUGGGGGCGAGGAGUACACCGAUUUUACGUACUGGCGUGAACCUCCACCAGAGUUAGCGGACUUCUCGAGCUCAGAUAGCGAGGAUGAAGAAGACGAGGACGAAGACGAGGAAGACGAGGAAGAUUAUGAUGGCGAGCUUAGUGACGAGGACGGUAGUGAUGUUGACGAGGACGAGACUGCCGAAGAAGACCUUGCCAACAGCUACAUCUCGCAGGGCUCACUGGAUCUCGUCGACGGCCAGAGUCACCUAGAAGAGGAUGAGGCGGACGACGAGGACGCCGAUGACGGGCCUAAUGAGACCCCAAAGCCGAGUCGCCUCUCGCCGGUUGGUGCUAGCCGCUCUCCAAAACGCUGA